AUGACUUCUCUACGUCUCCUGGCCUCCUUGACCAUACUCUCUAAUCUCGUGCUGGCCGAUUGCGAAUGCGGAUACUCGAUAAUAACGGCUUCUGAUAAUAAGAGACAUCUGUUCACAGAUAUAUUAGAGAGUGACUUCGUCCAUUUGGAUAUCACGGACGGAUCACAGAAGUAUGGAGAAUAUGGAUGGGCACGACAGGACUUCAACAUGUCUAGCGACGUUGCGCGAGGUCCUUAUGGCGAAUCAUACACACCACAAAAUGUGAUAUCAAAUAAUAUUGCAAAUGAGCAAGUGUUCGAUGGAUCUGGGACCAAAGGAGGAGACGCUGGUCUCAAUCUCGUGGUCAAGAGCGAUAUCGAGGAUGGCAUGGUCACCGGCGCCGAUGUUUCUACAACGGACACCCAUUACUUCCACGGAACUUUCAGGGCAGGCAUAAAGGUCACCGAUAUUCCAGGAACAUGUAGUGCUUUCUUCUGGUAUAUGAACGACACUCAAGAGAUUGACAUAGAAUUCUUGUCAUCUGAGUUUAAUAGAAAUAACAACACCUUCCCUGUUAAUCUCGUCUUGCAAUCCCAAGAAUCGAAAGAUGCUGGGUUUGACGCUUCGAAAACCGGCGAUUUCAAGAAGAUCAACUUGUCAUUCGACCCCACAGCAGCUUUUCACGAGUAUCGGAUUGACUUUCUACCAGAUCGAGUACUAUUCUACGCGGACGCCGAGCUACUUACGGAGAUGAACGGAACAGGAGUACCGUCUACCGCGGGCAACCUGCAAGUAUCGCACUGGAGCAACGGCAACGGAGGCUGGUCCCAAGGACCGCCGAAAUCAGAUGCUACCACCACGGUUAGCUAUGUGAAGGCCUAUUUCAACUCAUCUUUGGAGUCACGACAGAAUGAUUAUCAGAUGCGCUGUAAAGACCCGUCGGCUUCUACGGCGGUCUGCGCUAUCCCGGAGAAUAACGCCACGUUCUUCUUUAGUAACACGGAUAACAUGGCCCCCAACCAAACAACAUACCACGAGAAUUCCUCGGGGCGAUCGAGACAAUGGUGGUCACUCCUAUUCGCUGCGGUUCUGGCAACUAGUGCGUGGAUGGUUAGGAUAUAG